GCAAACUGCGCAGUCGCAACCACCCCCUUCCAUUACCUACGCUAUCAAUCGACAACUUUCUCUCGAUUUAAAAGCAAACUCAGCCUCUCAGCCUCCCCGUUCCAUUUACCUCUCCCCCCACCACCUCUCAAUUAUACCCCUCCAAAACCAUCUCACCAAAAUCCUUCAACAUGUCCGAACAAGUCGAUCUCACCACCAUCCCCAUCUCUCCUACUGGCGACCAUUCAAACUCUGGCGACAUUGACGACACCGAAGGCGGCGGCAAGCUGGUCACUGUUUUUCACGACAAGGACAACUUCAAUGUCAAACAUCCCCUCCAGAACAAAUGGACUUUGUGGUUCACCAAGCCUUCCAGCGGCAAGGGCGAUAACUGGAAUGAUUUACUCAAAGAAGUCAUCACCUUCAACUCUGUCGAGGAGUUUUGGGGAAUUUACAACAACAUUGCGCCUGUAUCCGAACUAGCCCUCAAGUCCGAUUAUCAUCUAUUCAAGGAGGGUGUGCGACCAGAGUGGGAAGACCCCCAGAACAAGCACGGCGGCAAGUGGUCCUAUUCGUUCAAGGACAAGCGUAGUGUCGAUAUCAAUGACCUUUGGUUACACACCAUGCUGGCUGCUAUCGGUGAGACCCUUGAGGAGGAGGAAGAUGGCGAAGUCAUGGGUGUUGUCGUCAACGUCCGAAAGGCCUUCUAUCGUAUCGGUGUCUGGACACGGACUAUAGGAAAGUCCAUCCCUAACCGAGGAGACGGUGAUGUGGCCGGCGGAAAGGGUCGUUCGGUGGAGAAGGGGCAGAAGAUUCUCCUCGCUAUCGGCAAGCAGUUCAAGGACGUCUUAAAGCUACCCGCCAACGAGCUUGUCGAGUUCUCUGGUCACACCGAUUCGGCCCACAGUGGCAGCUCUCGUGCUAAGGCUAAGCAUACCGCCUAAACACUCGUUGUAGUCGACGAAACCUUUAAUCCUAGGAAGGAAGAGUCGUUUUACACGACAGCCCUUCAGGCUUGAAACACGGUUCACGGAUCACGGUUUGAUUCCUCGCUAUGUUUUUCUUGUAACGCGGCUCGCAUAUCCUAGGUACUAGGGCCUCCUUCACCAGUCAUACACAGGAUCCGGUAAUGACCGACUAAUGAAACCCAAUGAGUGUAUCUCCUAGGACUUAAUUGGACGUUGCGGCGGCGGUAUGGCUUAUGAUCUCGAUAUGAUACGUAUCUUACUCAUUCCUGAUGGGGCGAGGAAUUGAGUUUUACCCAGUAGCAGAAUUUUACUACUCGUCGCUGGUGACAGUCAAGAGUAGGGCUACAGUAUUUUCCUUCUCUGCGGAUAGUAGACAAAUACCAAUAAUGGAAAACACACUCUUUGGUUCUUUGCAAUGGUGACUUGUGACUUGUAUAAUCCAUACCCCUUUUUGAUGUAGUUUUACUUGAACUACCUAUUUAUCGGGGCAAGUAUCGAAUUUAUUUUGUAAUUUUUAAUUGUUGGAAUCUACUUAUGGUGAUA